AUGUGGAGAAACCCUCUCCGGUCUCUCACUGCGCAGCUCAGGCCCAUUAAAACCCCUGAUGCAGAUCUUACUGGAAAGGUCGUCAUUAUAACUGGCGCCAACUCUGGUCUAGGGCUUGAGGCGGCCCGGCUGUUUGUGCGGUUUAAUGCUAAGACCGUAAUUCUCGGUUGUCGAGAUAUCCAAAGCGGCGAGCAUGCAAAGCGCGAUAUCGAGGUCUCAGAGAAUAAACCUGGAGAUGUCGUUCAAGUGUGGAAAAUCGACUUAGCAUCAUACAAUAGCGUGACGGAGUUUUGCCGCCGAGUAACCACGGAGCUCAGUCGCCUGGACAUCGUCGUUGCAAAUGCCGGCCUCAUAGCGUCGCGUUACGAAGCCUUUGAGGGUUAUGAACGCCAACUAACAGUCCAUGUCAUCUCAACGUUUCUAAUGGUCCUUCUACUCUUGCCAAUGAUGAGGCGGACGAAGGCCAUGGAUAGUCAGCAACACACGCCUAUAUCGUUACCACGGAGGUUAGCUACUACUGAUGUACCACAUAUCGUUAUUGUAGGCUCGAACUCUCAUUUCUAUACCCAAUUCCCAGAGCGAAAGGAACCAUCUAUUUUCGAAGCCCUCAGGGGUGACUCGAAUAUGGGUGAUCGCUAUGGCACAACAAAGCUCCUCUCGGUGCUUAUCGUAAGAGAAUUAGCCGAGCACAUGGUUCUUGACAAAGAGUUAGAGCCCUCGGUCAUCCUCAACACACUUGAUCCAGGCUAUUGCCAAACUCGCCUUUUACGGGAAAAUGCAUAUUCACGCCCUCUUAUGUGGAUUCUUGCUAUAGCCUCUACCUUGGUAGGCAGAACAGCUGAGAUGGGGGCCCGCACGUACGUACUGGCAGCUUCUGCAGGGCGGGAAAGCCACGGAAGAUACAUGGAAGAUGGUGAAAUUAGUAGGGAGAGCGGCUUUGUGUAUAGCCAAGAGGGGCAGGUGGUGCAAAAAAGGGCUUACAUCGAGUUACGGGAGAUACUGGAGAGAAUUCAACCUGGUAUAUCGAAUCAUAUCCAAGGCUAG